GCAAACCCCUACCUGUCUCCACCCCACCGCAAACCCCUCCUCCCUUCCCCUUCCAGAUCGCCGCCGCCGCCUCCCCAUCAGCUCCACCGGCGAGCCCUUCCUCACCGCAUCGCCACCCCCGCGCCCAUCCAUGGCAUCCCCCGCGCUGUUCCAUCAGCAUCCAUGGCCUCCCCCGCACCCUUCCUCACCGCAUCGCCACCCCGACCCCCUCCCUUCCUCUCCCUGACCCUCCCAUCGCUCCGGGCCUUCAUCCUCUCCGGCCAGAUCAACCGGGCGAGGCCCCUACCCUAGGCAGGGAGGGCGGAUCGCCGCUGCGCGGGCGCACGGGAAGGGGCGGCGGCGGAAGCGCAUCCCCAAGAUCUGGCCCGUCAAGCACCGUGUCAAAGUCUCUCCUUCGAGGAGCUCUAUGUGCGGGUGCGCGGAGGCGCUCGUGAGGGCGGUGGUGGCCUUCUUCGACGCCUUCCUCGUCGACUGCUUCCUCUUCUGCUUCCUCCGCUGCCGCCCCCGCCCCGGCCCGAACAGCCCCGCCUCCGACCACUGGGAUCCGCUCGUGCCCAAGGACUGGCAGGGGAGGCGCUCCCGGCCUGGACGAAGAGAAAGAACACUACUUCAGUUAAUACACUAUCCAGUACUGCUAGUUCUCAUCUCACUUGUUGUGCUUCUUGUACUGGGAGCACUCUUUGUUAUCCCAAGAUCUAACAUCAAAGGCAACAUGGUGACUCUAGUACAGGCAUCGUUGGCCAUCCUCUUCGAGGUUGUGUUUAGGAUGAGCUGCAGCAGGACAACCUGUAGCGGAAGAACUUCGAGGGCAAGAUCAAGGAGAACCAGGAGACGAUCACCAGUUACCUCAUCCUCGUCGGCAUGGUGUUGUGUGUUCUGGAAGAUGGAAGAGGGAGAAAUUUUAUUUUUGUUGAACUAUUUUUUUGUAUUAUGUUUUUUUGUACAUAUGAUUUGAUAGUUUUGUAUAGGAACAUGUGAUACUAUUUUGUACGACUUUACGGCCAGUGAUGUAAACAUAUUUAGUGAUGAAUUAUGAAAUUAUUUGCAAAAUUUAUCGAAAAGGAGAAUCAUUUGUAUUAAUAUGGGCCGCAUAUAUGUGAAUGGGCUAAGAAGUGUAAUGGACCAAAUCCCAAGAUUGAAUUAUUAUUUGACUGUAUAAA